GCGGCGAUUAAAGUUAUAUUUAUGUUGGUAAAAAUUAAAUAAUGACGGCAGUUCUCUUUUAUGAAUUGUUGUAGAAUUAAUAUGUGACUAUUAUAUUUAGUUCGAACUUACUUUUUCAGUAGUUUUUAUAUCGUGAUUGAUAUAUACAUUUAUAAAAUGUCUAAUAAAAAGGGCUCGGAGUAUAACUUUCAAUCAAAAAUAAGUCGAAAUGACCGAUUUGCUCAAAUGUCCCAGCAAGAAAAAUUGAUAGAGCAAAAGAAAAGAGAAAUACAAGCAAAACUCGAAGCUAAACAGGCUUCUAAAGUUGAUACAAAAGUAAAAACGGACACUUCUAGUAAACAGAUUGUUAAAAGCACUGAUUUGAAUACAAAUGGACAAAAAGAAGUUAAAAACACCUUUUUUAAUGAUGGUUCAUUCCUCAAUCAGUUCAAACAGAUGAAAGAGGCCAAAAAGACAGAUUCCAAAUUCAAGUAUUAUGGUAGCAGUAAACUGAAAGGAAAAAUUGAGAAAAGUUCUAGCGAUGAUAGAAAUAAAUUGGAUAGAGCUAGUAGUCAUCAUCGUUCACCAUCGCCUAAGGAUCGCCAACCAAAAAGAGUCUCUCGUUUUGAUAAACUAUUAAAUUUUGAACCAAAAAUAACUAUAAGUACUUCAUUUAGUUCUGCAAUUGUUCAAGCUCAGGCACAAGAGCCUCAACAGCCAACUUAUGAAAUCACUUCCAUUAACAUUAGUACCCAAGACGUAACAGGUCAGCCUCUCUUAAAGAAUGUCCUACCAGCACAAACAGUGACUUUUCAAAGUAUUCCAGAACAAACUGCCAUUACUGAAACUGUAAUAUCUGCAUCGCCAGUGCUUCUGAACAUUCCUCCCCCACAAAUAGUGCAGGGAUCUAAUACUUUGGUUUUAAGUCAAGUCCCAUCUACGCAGAGUGUUUUAGUCUCUGCUCCAAUUCUGACAACUGUCAAUUUGCCUCCACCUUUAGUUACUGCAAAUUUGACCCCAGUACCUCCUCCUUGCGGUGUAUCUACAGUGGAAUUGGCAAAUAUACCUCCCCCAAAUCCUAUACAGAUUCAAAAUAUUCCACAACCUGAACCUUUAAAUGCUCUAAAUAUACCUCAGCCAGCCCCUAUUCAAGUUCAGAAUAUACCCACACCUACUUCCUUACAUUUGAAUAAAAUUCCAACACCAAAACCUCUAGACUUAUUAUCAAUUCCAACACCUUGUGAAGAUGGUGGUAUACCUGCAGAGUUUUUGAAAAAUAUCCCACCUCCCAAUAAGUCCAUACCUCCUCCACUAAUACAUGAAAACCAAAUCAUUCUCCCACAGUCCCAUACUGCCACAGCUACCAUCACAGUCCCCUCAACACAAAAUGUUCUUAUUCACACCAUUCCACAAUCGAAUUCAUUAGAUUCAGUCCAACCAGCCUUUUCUUCUGUCACUGUUGCCCUACCAGUUGUAGUAGGCCAAGUAACAACAGCCCCUGCAGUACCCAAUAAUAUUCCAUCUUUGAUGGCUCAGCCUGUCUUGCCUCCUCCUGGUAUGGUGAACGUAAAUGUAACAUGCCCUCCUCCUUUGUUUACUGCCCCACAAGUUCAAACUUUUAUUAAUCAACCACCACCAGUGGCCAAUCAAAUGCCUGUUUUGAACAUACCACCUCCGGGAAGUAUUCAGAUGUUGGAACCAGUCCAUCUAUUUAAGGACAUUACUACAGUUUUCCCCCCAGGUACCCCCGAAUACGAGGCGAUGGCGUCUCUGGGUCGCAUGGUAGCAGAAUGUGGAGACACUUUCGAGGACGUCGUUCGACAGCGAAAAGAACAAGAUCCUAGAUUGUGGUUUCUAUUCGAUAAGGAAUCGGAGGCGUACAAACUAUAUCGGCGAUUUGUAGAUCAAGUCAAAAGGGAAAUUAUGGCUGCCGAGGAACGGAACAUUAGACCGGAAGAUAAGUAUGAACCGGAAAUGGCUUUGGAGGAGGAAGGAGGUAAUAUGACUGAAGAGAAAGAAGUCAAAGAAGAAAAUGUGAACGAAGAAAAUGCGGACAGAAAAAGAAAAAGGAAAAGUAGAUGGGGAAAUCAAGAAGCCAAUAUACCUCCACCUGCUGUCGUUUUCACUCCACCGAUCAGAACUAUGCCGCCAGUAAUGUCAUUCGUUCCUCCUCCUCCUUCAAAUACGGGACCGGUCCUUUUGACAAAAGUUACCAGAAACGAUCCAGCUUUAAUUCAAUACGCUCUAAACACUUAUGGUACUGCGAAUCUCUCGGAAGAGGACUGGAAAAAAACGGAGGACAACUACAAAGUCAGUUUGUUGUAUCAAGACAUGGUUAAAAAGAGAGAAGAAGCGGAAAGAUUAAGAUUGGCCGGACAUAAUAAAUAUGAGUACGACUCCGACGAAGAAACUGAUGGUGGCACAUGGGAGCACAAGGCCAGAGAGAAGGAAAUGUUGAAGACUCAGUUAUGGGCCGAUGAACUUACCAAGCAAGCCGAAGGAAAACACCACAUAGGAGACUUUCUGCCACCCGACGAGUUAAAGAAGUUCAUGGAGAAAGUCAGCGGUAAAGACCAAAAGCUACUUAACGAGUCCGAUUAUAAAGAAUUUCAACUCAAAGAGGACAACAUUGGUUUUAAAAUGUUGCAAAAACUCGGCUGGUCCGAAGGGGAAGGUCUAGGAUCCGGAGGAACGGGAAUUGUAGAGCCAAUAAACAAAGGGCCCGCUAGAGAACAUACACAAGGUUUGGGUUUAGAAGGCUCCCACGAAGAUGAAGAUGAGUACCAGACCUAUAGAAAAAGAAUGAUGCUGGCGUACAGAUUUAGGCCAAAUCCUUUGAAUAAUCCGAGAAGGCCCUAUUAUUAAUUUGAACUAUAGAAACAGUUCUUUUAUUACAUUUUGUAUUAUACUGUGAAAAUGGAUUGACUAGAAUUAUGGAAUUAUGUUAAAUGCUAAUUUUUUUGUAAAUAAUAAAAUAAAAUAGUAUGAGUUUA